GUCUUUUUAUGGAGGAAAAAAAUCUCUGCGUCACCAGUGAAGUAGGCUACGUAUCGGGUCCAUUAUUUCUUAAAUAAAAACAUUGUUUAUUCCAGGAGAUACAGAAGUUUAUGUACUCGAACUUGCCAACAGUUUAACCAUUUCACUACCCUCCCAGAUGCGUAUUAGGGGCAAAGCGCUCGUGUUGCUUUUCCUAGUUGCCAUCAGCAGUUGUGCUGAAGUUUGUCUUGAGCUGAAGUUGCAGGAGAACAUACAUCCAGCGCAUGCGCGAUAAACGCACAUCAGCUCCAAAUAAGAGUUCGCUAAAGAGAAACGAGGUGGUAAGGAGAGCAGGGCGAGAUGGCUGACACCCCCCCCACCGAUGCCCCCUCCUCUGGGGGAGACUUUGACAUGAUGGACGCACUGGACUGGAAGGAUGGGAUUGCAUCUCUCCCUGGCAGUGACAUCAGGUUCCGUAUGACUGAGUUUGGGACUCUGGAGAUUGUCACAGAGGUGGAGGCUGAUGCUUCUCUGCCCAGCACUGAGAUCCUGACCCCACAGAACCAGGACCCCUGCGCGUCACACAGCCCCACCCCUCCCCCGGAGACCGUGGACCCUGGCCUGUCACAGGCCUCCGGGCCUGAAGACGGCCCCCUGACGCCGGUGCCGGAGCUGGAGCCUCAGUGCUCUGUGGCCCUGGAGGAGGCCCCCAGUGUGGAGGUGCUCAGUGUGGAGGCCCCCAGUGUGGAGGCCCCCAGUGUGGAGGCCCCCAGUGUGGAGGUGCUCAGUGUGGAGGCCCCCAGUGUGGAGGCCCCCAGUGUGGAGGUGCUCAGUGUGGAGGCCCCCAGUGUGGAGGUGCUCAGUGUGGAGGCCCCCAGUGUGGAGGUGCUCAGCUGUGGCUCCUGUGGGCUUCCCGGCUCCCAGGAGGCUUUCCUGCUGGGCAAGUUCUGCAGCCCUGCCUGCGUGCAGCCUACCAGUGGCAGGUCCACCCCAGGGGAUCAGAGAGAGAGGGGCAGGGCAACCCCCGUCCCAGCUGCAGAGGGUGACAGGUUGGGCAAACGCGUGAGGAAGAAGAGGAAGUUGUACAUGGACUCUGCUGACGACGAUGAUGAAAAUGUUGAGGAGGAAGAGGAAAAAGCAAAAGUAUGCAAAGGGAGGAGAGCAGCGAAACUGGCCCGGCUGGUGACAGCUCCACCCCCCAAGAAAAAGGCAUGGAGUUGGGCAACUUACCUGGAGGAGGAGAGGGCCAUCGCUGCACCUGUCAAGCUCUUCAGAGAGCACCAGUCCUUCCCGCAGAGCCGGAACAGCUUUAAGGUGGGGAUGAAGCUGGAGGGCCUGGACCCCUGUCACCCCUCCCUCUUCUGUGUGCUGAGUGUGGCUGAGGUACAGGGGUACAGAGUGCGGCUGCACUUUGACGGUUACCCCGAGUGCUAUGACUUCUGGGUGAACGCAGACUCCUGGGAUAUGAAGCCGGCGGGGUGGUGCGAGAAGAACGGACACAAGCUGCUGCUGCCCAAGGGCUGCCGGGACGGCGAGUUCAGCUGGAACACGUACGUGAAGAACUGCCGUGGCCAGAUCGCCCCCAAACACCUCUUCAAGAGCCUGAACACGUCGGUGACGCCCUCUGGGUUUCGGGUGGGGAUGAAGUUGGAAGCGGUGGACAGGAAGAACCCUUCGCUCAUCUGCGUGGCGUCCAUCGCCGCUGCUGUGGACAGCCGGCUGCUCAUCCACUUCGAUAACUGGGACGACUCGUACGAUUACUGGUGUGAUGCCAGCAGCCCUUACAUCCAUCCUGUGGGGUAUUGCGAGGAGGCAGAAUUAACCCUCACAACACCGGCUGAGUACAAGCAUCCCAAGAGCUUUUCCUGGGAGAAAUACCUGGAGGAGACAGGAACACAGGCAGCUCCGGCCAGAGCAUUCAAACAGAGACCCCCCCAUGGGUUCCAGGUGGGUAUGAAGGUGGAGGCGGUGGAUAAGAGGAACGCCAUGCUCAUCAGGGUGGCCAGCAUCGCGGAGGUGGAGGAGCACCGGCUAAAGAUCCACUUUGACGGCUGGGGUAUGGAGUAUGAUUACUGGCUGGAUGCUGACAGCCCCGACCUGCACCCUGUGGGCUGGAGCCAGAAGACCGGGCACCCCCUCCAGAACCCCCAAGGGUCUUCGGAUGCUUCCACGCUCCUGGGACAGGGGUGCCCCACCCCAGGCUGUAAUGGUGUGGGCCACGUACGGGGACCCCGCUACGGAACGCACUACACGGCGGUGAGCUGUCCGUACUCAGAGCUGAAUCUGAAUAAGGAGGGGCUACUUCCUGACCGGCUCAGUGGGGAGAGGCCUGCUGCUCUCGCUGGGCCCCACCGUGGGCGACGCCCCGAUCUGCCCACCGCCACCCCCACCCCCACCCCCAACCCCACCCCCCCGGAGCUGCCCGACCCUGUCGACGACUCCCCCCAGUCCAGUGGGGGCAGGAAGUCGUGGAUUGGGGAAGGAGACCGUUCGGGCCGCAGCAGCCUGUCAGAGCCAUCGCACUGUGGAGACGAGCGGCCAGGGGGCGCUGGAGAGCACAGUCACAACGGCACCAAGCCUAAGAAAUCAGGGCAACUCCCAAAGUGUCUGAAGCUUCACUUUGUCAAACAGGAGCCUGGAGACGGCGCAGACGGGGCAGUCAGUCUGCAGCAGGCUCUGCAUGAGUCUGUGUUCAGCCCCAGCAGCCCCAUGCAGCGCAUCCUGCUCUGCUGGGAUAAACACUGCAAGCUGCUGCCCGAGGUGCUGGGCCUCACCGCCCGCCAAGUGGCACAGUGGAGCACUGACGAGGUGGCCAGCUUUGUCCGGGGCCUGCCAGGCUGCAGAGAUCAUGCUGUGACCUUUAGAAAUGAGCAGAUUGAUGGCGAAGCUUUCCUGCUGCUCACGCAGGCCGAUAUUGUCAAGAUCCUCAGUAUAAAGCUCGGCCCCGCCCUCAAGAUAUACAACUCCAUCCUCAUGUUUAAGAGUGCCGACGAGGAGUGAGCCACACCCCCUGCUCCCUAAACCAAUAAGAACUGACCUGGAGCCCCACCCCAGUGCCCUAAACCAGUAAGAACUGACCUGGAGCCACGCUUCAGAACCCUAAACCACUAAGAACAGACUAGGAGGUCCGCCUCUGCACCCUGAACCAAUAAGAACAGAGCAGGACCCCCUCCCCAGAUUUAUUAACCAAAAGAACAGAGUUAGUCUUCCUUCUGAGGCCAGUGAGGUGCACUGUGUGCAGGUGUUUGUGGAGGUCACAGGUGUAGCUGUGCCUGGGAGGGGUCUGCUGUGUGUGUGUUUGUGUGUGUGCAUGCGUGUGUGUAUCUGUGUGUGUGUGUGUGUUUGUGUGUGUGCGUGCAUGCGUGCGUGUGUGUGUAUCUGUGUGUGUUUGUGUGCGUGCGUGUGCGUGUGUGUGUGUGUGUGUUUGUGUGUGUGCGUGCGUGCGUGCGUGCGUGCGUGCGUGUGUGUGUGUGUGUGUGUGUGUGUGUGUGUGUGUGUGUAUGUAUGUAUGUGUGCACACCUCCUCCAGCAUCCUGUUCCAUCCUCUGUCUGCCGUCUCAGUCCGGCUGAGUAAAUUAGCUUUUAAUUUUAUGAUUGAUUAUUAAAACGUGGUGCUUGUUAAGUGCGGUCAAAACAAGCCCCUUUUACUUGAAUAAUUACUCUAUGAAUUUUUAAUAACAGCAAAUACAUUUUUUAAAAUAAUUUUCUCCCAUUUGGAUGGGAGCUUUGAGCAGACAGGAGAGGAUGUUUGGAGUUCCGUGCAGUUCUCCAUCUCUCCACCAGGGGGAGACCCAGGACAGCCUGUCGAAGGGGUGGAGGGUAGGGAUAAAGCAGGGUUUAGGUUCAGUUAUUUUAGGGUGCUUUGAUCCUGUAUCCCGUUAAGGGCUUUUUAAGGGCUUCACUCUAAGAGUUAGUUUGUCCCGCAGUUAAGGAAUUUAGGAAUAACCUGGUUGUCACCAACAAAACUGGAAAUCCUGAGUAUACAAGUAUAUAUUAUCUUACAUAUAAGCCCUUAUAUAUCCCCUCAAUCAUAAAAACUCACAUGCCUUGGUUGUGCAUCUGAAUGCAUUUUGAAAUAUGUUGUUGAUACCUGAAUGAUGAAUAUGCAAAAGAAAUUUAUGUAAAAAAACAUUUUUUCAUGUAUAAAUAUGGCCUCGAUAUACUUCAGUGUAUGAUAGUGUAAAUAGAGCUGCAGUCAGAAGGUAGACUGUAUAGAAACACUCUACAAAGGGAAAUAGGCCUAAAUUAAAUAACCUACAUUUUCCCACAGAAAGCAUUUCCCUGUAGUUUACAUGAAUACCUUUGGCCUUUUAAAGGAAAAUCUUAAAAAUGUCUCAGUAAAAAUCUGGGAUGAAAGCCCACGGUUUAAUUGAAAUGAUUCUAAUUUAUUCCUGUGUAAAUUCAUGUAAUUUGUACAGCUUUUGUGAGAAAUUUUUAACCUGAUUGUCAGUGUUACACAGUGAUACCUCUUUGAACCUCAGCUGAAUGAGUCCGAAUGUACUUCAGCAGUUGUUUUUGUCCAAAACUGGUAUUUAAGUAUUUUAUUUAAGAAGUCUUGAUAGAAUUGACUGGUGGUUUAUGAGGAUGUUGGUGCUGGCAGGGCAGAUGGUUUCUGUAUUUAUGUCGGCUGAGUGCAGAAAUAAAAGCUAAUGGAUGCAGACACCCCUCUGCAAAACACA